UAGCAUCGGACGGUUUCCGCCAGAUUUUCACGCCAAUUCGUCGCGUCUCAAACACGUUCUCCGAUUUUUGUUGUCGGGUGAUCGACCGUUAUUUAAAACUAAAAACGCGAUGCCUCACCAAGUUUAUUAUCUCAUCCAGCGGCCCGCGUAAAAUUAUGUGCAGUGUUUACAUUUUUGCAACAUAACUAAGAAAAUAGGAUGUGGUGCAGUUUUUUAUUAAUAUUCUUAACUGUACCUACAAGCAACGGAGACACCUACAUUAUGGGAUACUUAACAGGAUCUCGUCGAUUACCAGGAGAUAACCAGUAUAGCAGACCUGGACUUACUAUUUCUGGAGCUUUAACAUUAGCUCGAGAUGAAGUAAAUAAUGGAAUACUCGGCGAGAGGGGACAUAAAUUAGACGUGAUCGUCGCGGAAACAUAUGGCAAGGAGAGAAUAAGCGUAAACGAAACUGCAAAUUUGCGCAUGAAAAAUGUUUCUGUUUAUAUUGGUCCUCAAGAAACUUGCGAACAUGAAGCUUUUAUGGCUGCAGCUUUCAAUCUACCCAUGAUUUCCUAUUAUUGCACUUUUAACGCGACAUCCGAUAAGACAAAGUAUCCUACCUUUGCGAGAACUCGACCACCUGCUGGAUCAAUUUCCAAGUCUGUAGCGUCCGUAUUGAAGACAUUUAACUGGACACACGUAGUCCUUUUGUAUCUGAAAAGCUCAGAUACGGAAUUUGCACAUAUAGCAUCAACGAUAUUACAUUCCUUACAUUCCAUAGGUAUAACUGUUGUACCUCAUUUCUGGGAGAAUCCAUUUUUGAUGCGCUACGUUGAUAACCCUUUUCACAAGUUAGUCGAAGAUACGUAUCAGGAUACAAGAAUUUAUGUUAUUCUUGGGUUUUAUUACGAGUAUGUGGGAUUAAUGAUGGCAAUGGACGAUAAGAAGUUAUUCGAUAAUGGAGAAUACUUUGUUGUUGGUGUUCAUAUCGAACAAUAUGCACCAAAAGCUCCCGCAAGAUACUUUAUGGACAUGUUGAAAGACGAAGUUAUACCACAAGCCGAAAAAGCUUUUCAAAGUUACAUUGGAAUCGUUCCUACGAGUCCUAUAGGGUUUAAAAACUUUACUAGAUUAGUCAAUAGGUAUAUGGAAAAAGAACCAUUUCGAUAUCCAAAUCCAGCUGCCGAAGUUGGAGGACAAAAAGAGAUAGGAUCAGAUGCUGCAUAUUUAUAUGACGCGGUUCAUAUUUAUGCUAAAGCUUUAACAGCGGUAAUGGAUUCCGGUGGAGAUGUCUUAAAUGGAACGGCAAUCAUCAACAGCAUUAAGAAAACGCGAUAUAAAAGCGCUAUGGGUUAUAUGGUCAAUAUGGAUGAAAAUGCCGAUGCAGAGGGCAACUAUACGGUUAUUGCCAGGAAACGAUUUGAAAACUCCGGAAUGUAUGGGUUAUUUCCGGUUGGAAUUUUUGCUCUUCCCAAUGGCAACGAUAAACUACCAAUUUUAAGAUUAUUUUCCGAAAUAGAUUGGGUAGCAAAAAAACCUCCUAUUGCUAUACCAAAAUGUGGUUUUCGCGGCGAAAAGUGCGAAUCAAAAACUGCGGAAAUUUUAAGUUAUAUUCUUGGAGGAAUAUUUUCAGUCGUCCUCGUACUUCUCUUCGGUUUAUAUCGGAAUUGGACAUAUGAGAAAGCAUUGGACAGUUUAUUGUGGAAAGUGGAUUUCAAAGACAUUCAAAUGUGCGACGAAAUGAAGCAGAUUGGAACAAAGCUAACAAGGGCGUUACAUCCUAUGAUGAGAACUAGUCAGGUGUCUCUUAGUUCUAAUCCAGACGCUGAUUUUCGUUAUUCCUCAAUUUAUACACAAAUUGGAAUUUAUAGAGGACGUGUUUUCGCUAUUAAGAAGAUUCACAAGAAAUCAAUAGAUAUAACGAGAGAAAUGAAAAAAGAGUUAAAAAUGAUAAGGGAUUUGCGGCACAACAAUCUCAACGGGUUUAUUGGAGCCUGCACAGAUCCUCCCAACAUCUGCAUAGUAACCGAAUACUGUACCAGGGGCAGUUUAAAGGACAUUCUGGAAAAUGAGGACGUCAAGCUGGAUAAUAUGUUCAUCGCGUCCCUAAUUGGUGAUAUUCUCAGGGGGAUGAUCUACCUCCACGACUCCCCAAUUCGCUUUCACGGUUCACUCCAUACGGGGAAUUGCCUGGUGGAUUCUAGAUGGGUGGUGAAGUUGGCCGACUUUGGUUUGCACGAGUUUAAAAGAGACGCAGACGAUCCUAGUUUGAAGGACCAUUCAAAAAUUCUCGAAAAAUACAAAAUGUUACUAUAUCGAGCUCCGGAAUUGUUGAGAACUUCCGGACAUUAUAUGCACUCGUCACAUCCUGUUGGUUCUCAGAAGGGAGACGUCUACUCUUUCGGUAUUAUCCUCUACGAAUUAUACGGCAGGCAAGGCCCAUUCGGUAAUAGCAGUCUAUCCUCGGCGGAAAUUCUAAACAGAAUCAUCCACUGCGUAUCCGUACCUUUCAGGCCUCCGUUGGAAGCUUUAGAAAAUAGCUUCGACUUUGUGCGGGAAUGUCUCAAAGAAUGUUGGAAAGAAGAUCCAGAAGAAAGACCAGAUUUCAAAAGCAUCAGAACGAAAUUAAGACCGCUUAGGAAGGGCAUGAAACCUAAUAUUUUUGAUAACAUGAUGGCAAUGAUGGAAAAAUACGCUAAUAAUUUGGAAGUUUUAGUCAACGAAAGAACUGAUCAGCUACAGGAGGAGAAGAAAAAGACAGAGGCUCUUUUAUACGAAAUGCUUCCCCGGCCGGUGGCGGAGCAGUUGAAAAAGGGGAAUAAAGUGGAAGCGGAAAGCUUUGAUUGUGUUACCAUCUACUUCAGCGACAUCGUCGGUUUUACGUCAAUGUCUGCCGAAUCCACACCACUCGAAGUGGUAGACUUUUUAAAUGACUUAUACACGUGCUUCGACUCCAUCAUAGAAAAUUACGACGUUUAUAAAGUAGAAACUAUUGGGGAUGCUUACAUGGUGGUAAGUGGCUUACCUCUUCGUAAUGACAAUCAACAUGCAGGUGAAGUAGCUACACUCUCCCUUCAUCUCCUAUCUGCUGUAAAAGCUUUCACAAUAAGGCACAGACCAAAUGAAAAAUUAAUGCUACGUAUUGGAAUUCAUUCAGGUCCGGUUUGUGCAGGUGUUGUUGGUUUAAAAAUGCCUCGAUAUUGUUUAUUUGGCGAUACUGUAAAUACAGCUAGUCGAAUGGAAUCAACAGGAAGUCCAUUGAAAAUUCACUGUAGUAAACAAUGCAGAGAUCUUUUGACAACCUUAGGAGGAUAUCAUAUGGUUGAAAGAGGAAUAAUUUCGAUGAAAGGUAAAGGGGAACUACGAACCUACUGGUUGAUUGGUGAAAAUGCAAAUAUGAGAUCGUUAAGAAGAAAAGAUCGUGAAAAUCGACGAACUUUAGCAAGCGGGUUGAAACCGCAGAAAAACGGACAAAUUGAUAGCAACGGUCAUUGUAUAAUCCCAAGAAGUUCUUUGAAGAAUAAAAAUCAUUCACCAAAAAGCCCACUUGCACGGUGUUCUAGCUUUGAAUCCCCAAAAAAAUUACGAUUCGCCAGCUUUGAAUAUUUAGAAAACAAACAAAAUUAUUUGUCAAAAAACCUUGAAGUUCUUAAAGCUGAUCACAAAAAGUCCACAUCAUCUCUAAGAGGAAACUCAAUGAAUUGUUGCGGAGACUUAAAGACUUGUAGUACAUCCUGUCCAUGUAUAGAAAACUUAGCAAACUCCGCGGCAACAUUAGCCCAAUCUCAGCUUUCUAUGUUAUGCCACGAGGAGAGAGCAACCAGGAAAAGCUCAAAAUCAUCUUAUUCCAGCGUCCCCACCCUCUACAGUACAUUGAACGUGUUAGAGCUACCAAAUGCAGUCUCCGCUCCUGAUAGUCCAACCAAAGACGAUAUGCUCGAAGAAAUACAUAAGAAAACAGAAAGGGAAUUCACCGAACUGACUGUUUACGGCGAAUCUGCCCCGUUGCUACAACUUCCCCAACCGAUAAUCAAUUCAACUGUUUAAUAAUAAAAGAAGAGUAGAUGGCUGCUAUAUUCGAAUAAUUUUCUAGUCAAAUGUUUACCAAGUAUAAAACUAAGGCUCGUGUAACAUAAAACCGUGGCGUGUGCUGACCGUAUACAAUCGAUGUUGAUAAUAUAUACACUUAAAUUAUACACAUUAUAUGACUUGUUGUAUAUAAUUUUAUCGAUAUUUAAUGAAAUAUAUAAUAUAUGGAAUGAUAAGUAAA